CUCAGAUUAAACAGCAGAGCUCCCCUCCGCGCAGCUCGCAGGGGUAAUCUCGCGCCCCACGAAACACACUUUCAUUUCUGAUGGCUCUGGAGGCUGUCACCCCGCGGCAACCUGGACAGCGAACGCUCCCCGCCCGCACCGUGCAGCGGGGACAGAGGGCAGCGGCCGCCUCGAGCUCCCGGGCAGGGUGCACCCAGGGCCCCAGGCCUCGACUCCGGGGCCCCUGGGCUCUCAUCUUCACCGUCUUGGGUGUCUUGCUGUUGGUCAAAGCUGCUUCAGCCAUAUCUGUAAGGAAGGAUGAAAUUCACCAGCAGUCAUCAGCCCCACUGGAACGGAGCCCCCAGCAGAACUUAUGUCCACCAGGAUUCUAUAUGGAAGAAGCCAUUGGAGGUUGUGCCCCAUGCACCGAUGGGAUAGACUACACCAGUCAUUCAAACACCCUCCCUUCUUGCUUACCUUGCACGACUUGCAAAUCAGGAGAAGAAGAAAAAAAUGGCUGCACCCCGACCAAGGACACUGAGUGUCAGUGCAAACCUGGCACUUUCCGUGGAGAAGAUGCCCCUGAAUUCUGUCAAAAAUGCAGCACCGGGUGCCCUGAUGGGAAGGUCAUGGUCAUGGACUGUACCCCCUGGAGCAACAUCAAGUGUGUGGACCAAGAAUCAAGUACCCUGCCCCAUGGGGAGGCCCCAGUUCCUGGAGAGCUAGCAACCAUGAGCCAGAGACUACCCAUCACUCCCUCUCCCUCAUCAGGCCCUUCAAGGCUGGUGAUUAAAAUUGUAUCUGUAAUUGCCGCUGUCCUAAUCGGAUGUGUAUGGUGCUACUUUACAGGUCUCUUUAAUGAGUGCUGGCACAAGGUGAUCGGUUUCUCCAGCAUCUGGUGGCCUCAGACCCUCAGUAACUGCAUCACAACAAAGCCCAGGGUGGACACGGUCCCCGGUGUGUCCUAUGCUGUUGUCCCUGAGUCUCUCAACUGGCCUGGGGGCUCUAGGCUGAAUGUAGGAGGGAGACUGGCCUGCUGAGAGCUGUCCUAAGGCUGGUUGGCAGCGCUGGCCCUGUCCUUACUGUUUGAGACACCCUCACUCUGUAGCCCUGGGGCGUGGGGGGUGUCAGGCAGGGGUGCUCAGUUCCCCUUAGCAUCACACCAGAGUCUGGGUGCCAUCAGCAGAGCCCAGAUGUGCUGAGUCUAUGCCCACUUGGGGGGCACAGCACAGGUGUAGGUGGGAAGGCAGAACCUACUGUGUCCCCUCAGAAGCUGUAGGGGUUUGUGGGUUUGUGACUCCUGGGUCAGUGCCUUGCUUUUUCGAGGCCCUUUUCUGGCACUUAUGUCCCCCAGGAAGGUCUGGGGCUCUGGACCAUGCACACAACAACAGGCUGACCAAUGGAGAUUGACUUUCCAUUUUGGUCCCUUGGCAGAAAAAGAAGCUGCAGGAAACAACGCCCAGUCCCGAGAUGCAGCAAGCAGACUGCCUGUUGAAACCAGCAGCACCUGAAGGAUCUCAGAGGAGAAGAUGGCUGCUGGUUCCAACAGACACCACUGAAAAUGCCUUCUCCCUCUGUGACAGCAGUCUCCUCUUCCAGAUGCGCCCUCAUCCCCUGCUUGGGGCAGGACUCUCUGCUGACCUGGACUGUCCCCAACUGCUCUGGGUGCUGGCGAAGUCCAAUGCCCAGUGCCUGUGUGGCUUGUUUGCUGCUGGGAAGCAGGUCAGGGGCGCAGAGCAGCAGGCUUACCAGCAGGGGGAGCUCCUCAGGUUCCCAUCCUGAAGUCUAGGCCUGAAUUGAGGGUCCUUGGCCUUUGUGGAAGCCUGUUCCAACUCUGUCUCUGUGACUUUCCCCCAACCUAGGCCUGAAGCUAUUCUUCAGUGACUUUGCAGCUAUCUUUUCCUUGUGAUUUCUGUGAUUCGCUCUUGAUGCAGUUGGGCCUCACAUGAAAUGAGAUCCUUGUGACCAGAGAAUAGGCCUGGGUCUCUCCGGAUGCCUUGUGUGAAAUGCUGCCAGUCACCAAGAAGGGACAGGGGACCUCAGUCAACACCCUGAUGGAUGCCUUGGAAAUGCUGGGGCAAAGGUUGACAAAAGAGACAAUUCAAGAGCGCCUGCUGAACUCAGGAAAGUAUUAACAUGUUUAUGAAGAAAGGGAGACAGGCUCUGCUGUGCCCUGACUGUUUGAGGAUGUCAAUCUUUCAUUUCAGGACACACUCCUAAUAGACUUCUAGUUUUUAUUUGUAUUUGUUUGAAAUUUGUCAUUCAUGUUAGUAUGUAUGCAUUUAAUGAUGUAACUUAUAAUGAAGGUGUUAGUCACUGAGUCAUGUCCAACUCUUUGUGACCCUAUGGACUGUCGCCCACCAGGCUCUUCUGUCCAUGGGGUUUCUCCAGGCAAGAGUACUGCAGUGGGUUGCCGUUUCCUUCUCCAGGGGAUCUUUCCUACCCAGGGAUGGAACCUAGGUCUCCAGUUUUGACCACACCAGUCACAUCAACCUUAGGGAAUUGGGCAGGCAGACUCCUUACCGACUGAGCCACCAGGGAGGCCCUGUAACUUGUAAUAUACAUGAUUAAAGUGCAAACAUCUUGUAUGUCUUGGUACUUUUAUGUUUGUGCAUAUAUUUAUAUGUGUAGAAAAACAUUUUGCAAAUAUAAUUUCUAGGUUUAUGUGGGCUACCUGGUUGAGUACUGGCAAUCCAAAGCAAUUAGAAAUACAAAAGGAGGGCAUUCCCUAGCUGUUCAGUGGUUAGGACUCUGUGCUGAGAGCCCUGAGUUGAAUCCCUGGUCAGAAAGUAAGAUCCCACAAGCCAUGAGGCAAAAAAAAUAAGUAAGAUCCCACGAGCCAUGAGGCAAAAACAAACAAACAAAAACCUACAAAACAACAACAACAAUAAAGGAGAGCAAGCCCACUGCUGGGGGAAUUUGACCACUUUGGGAUUGCCUGGCGACUUCUUUAGGGUCCAGGCUUUAAACAUGUCAACUUUAUAGUUGGGUGAAUAUUUGUAUUUUUCCUAGGGAGAUGUUAACAAGUGAGCAGAGAGGGAGGGGAAGUGGCACCCCCGUGCUGUGUCUGGUGACCGUGAACUGGGCUGUCAUUCCCCGGGCUUCCUCCUGCUCAUCUGGGAGGUUAGGGUGGGACGUGGGUUAGAUAUGAGUGUCAGAUAGUUUCUGUGUCAUGUCUGCUCUUAUCAGUGACCUUCAUUGCAUCUGGGCUCAAGGAAGAGAGGACAGGGAUCUGCCAUAGUUUUUGGGAGGAAGAAUGGACGGGCUCCUGGGUUAUGUUCAGUGUUGGCUUGCUCCGCACUAGAUGGGCCCCCCUUGAUACUGGUGCUCUGAGCCCAGAAUUGCCUUUUUGUGUUUGAAUUGGCUGAUUAAGGAUCUCAGCCCCUCUGUAAGCUUUGAUGUUCUGCAGAAAAGACACAGAAAUGCUGAUUCUUAAAUACUGUGAGAACUGACCUAAAAUGCCUGCUAUAUUAGGUGUUUUUUUUUUUAAUUAAAAACUUUUUUUUUUUUUUACCUUCUGCUAAACCCUUCUCUGUAGUAUUCCAAUCACUGCAGGAUAAUUUAAUGGCAGAAGCAAUUCUCAGGGAGGUUUUUGGUCUAGUCCAUCUCAAGGCUUGUAUGUUGUCUUCCCUAAGGUUGAUGUGACUGGUGUGGUCAAAACUGGAAUUGCCUAAAAUUUAGGUACAAAUGGAUACAGUGUGUGGAGUUCACUUGUGUUUUGAGAAGGGCUGACCCCCGUGGUCUUGGUGCUACAUCCCUCUGGCCCUGAUGUCCCUCCCUUUCCUGGAAGUCAGGUGUUUCCUGUCUUUGCUGUCCCUUCUGUGCAGGACACUCUGCCUUCAUCCCCAGAAGGAGAUAGAAAUGAAUUCUUGGGACUUCCCUGGUGGUUCAGUGGUUAAGACUCUGCACUCCCAAUGCAAGGAGCCCGGGUUCAGUCUCUGGUUGGGGAACUGAGAUCCCACAUACCACAACUAAGCAUGUGCUCCGCAACUGAGCCCAUGUGCUGUAGAGCCUGCACAUCACAGCUAGAGGAGCCUGUGUGCUGCAGUGAAGAGUCUGCACAGCUAAAAUAAAUAAGAUACAAUAAAAUUUGAAACUGUCACCUAUAUGUUACAAAAAGCAUGUGCAUUUGUAAAACAGUUUAAGAAAAUAAAUAGUCAAGUGUCAGGUCACUUGUCCCUUUCUCAGAAGACUUCCUUGAGUGCCCAUCUAGAGUAUCAGCCUUGUCAGUAUUUGUCAUGUGUAUUCAUUUGUACCCGUUUCUUGUGUGUUUUACUAAUGAGAACCUUCAAGAAACGUGAAACUUGACUCCUUUGUUGCUUCCCGGUGGGUGCUUAGUCGCUCAGUCGUGUCUGACUCUUUGCGACCCCGUGAACUAAGCCUGCCAGACUCCUCUGUCCAUGCGAUUCUCCAGGCAAGAAUACUGGAGUGAGUUGCCAUUUCCUACU